AUGGCCUUUCAGGACCUCCUGGAUCAAGUUGGAGGCCUGGGGAGAUUCCAGAUCCUUCAGAUGGUUUUCCUUUGUAUCUCCAGCCUCAUAGUGUACCCUCAUAUUCUAUUGGAGAACUUCACUGCAGCUGUUCCUGGUCAUCGCUGCUGGGUUCACAUCCUUGACAAUGACACUGACUCUGCUAAUGGCACUGGGACCCUCAGCCAAGACACCCUCCUGAGAAUCUCCAUCCCACUGGACUCAAACCUGAGGCCCGAGAAGUGUCGUCGCUUCCUCCUCCCCCAGUGGCAGCUCCUUCACCUGAAUGGGACCUUCCCCGACAUGAGUGAUCUGGACACAGAACCCUGUGUGGAUGGCUGGGUGUAUGACCAAAGCUCCUUCUCCUCCACUGUGGUGACUGAGUGGGACCUGGUAUGUGAAUCUCAGUCACUAAAAUCAAUGGCCAAAUUCUUGUUCAUGGCUGGAAUGCUGGUGGGAAGCAUCAUAUAUGGCCAUUUAUCAGACAGGUUUGGGAGGAGGUUCAUGCUCAGAUGGUGUUUGCUCCAGCUCGCCAUUACUGACACCUGUGCAGCCUUUGCUCCCACCUUCCUCAUUUACUGCUCCCUACGCUUCUUGGCUGGGUUUUCUACCAUGAGCAUCCUGACAAAUAUUUCUGUGCUUAUUGUAGAAUGGACAGUGCCCCGAUUCCAAGUCAUGGCAAUGACCAUGUCAAUCUGUGCUGCUUGCAUGGGACAGAUCGCCCUAGGAGGACUAGCUUUUGCCAUUCGAGACUGGCACACCCUUCAGCUGGUGUUUUCUGUACCAUUAUUUGUCUUCUUUCUUUCCUCAAGGUGGCUGGCAGAGUCUGCUCGGUGGCUGAUUAUCACCAACAAACCCGAGGAGGGCUUAAAGGAACUUAGAAAAGCUGCUCACAGGAAUGGAAGGAAGAAUGCUGGAGACGCCCUAACCAUGGAGGUUGUGAGAUCCACCCUGCAGGAAGAGCUGGAGGCCGCACAGACCAAACCUUCUGUGUUUGACUUGUUCCGCACACCCAGCCUGCGUAAGAGCAUCUGUCUCCUGUCCUUUGUGAGAUUUGCAAACUUCAUGUCCUAUUUUGGCCUGAUUCUCCACCUCCAGUACAUGGGGAGCAAUGUUUUCCUGUUCCAGGUUCUUUUUGGUGCAGUCAACCUCCCAGCCAAUUAUGUUGCAUUUUUGGCACUGAAUCACCUGGGCCGUCAAGUAAGCCAGACGCUCUUCAUGUUUCUCCUUGGAGUCUCCAUUCUGGCCAUCACAUUUGCACCUCAAGAAAUACAGACCUUGCGUGUGGCUUUGUCAACUUUGGGAAUAGCAGUUUCUUCUAUGGCUCUCAUGUGUACUUUUGUCCAUGGAAAUGAACUAGUCCCCACCAUUAUCAGGGUAACAGCCUCAGGAUUCAUGGGAAUUGCUUCCAAUGUUGGGGCAGCCCUGGCUCCCCUCCUGAUGAUCCUAACAGUCUAUUCUCCCCACCUACCCUGGGUCAUCUAUGGAGUUUGCUCCAUCCUCGCUGGCCUUGUUGUUCCACUCCUUCCUGAAACCAGGAAUAAGCCUCUGCCUGACUCCAUCCAGGAUGUGGAAAAGGAGAGAAGAGGCUCAAGAAAAGCAAAGCAGGAAGAUACCUCCAUGAAAGUGACACAGUUUUAA